GUCAUACGCGUCCCAGCAUCCGUUCGCGUCUGCGGUUUCUCCGCAAGGGCGCCAGCGCCAACAGGUCCAAAGCACCGCCAGCGCUGGGUGAGCAUCGCAAGCAACCCACCCUGGGCGGUGGAGCGGGCGGAGCGCGGGGCGGGUGCGGAGGCGGAACGGGCGGCGGGCAACGUGGAGGAGUGGAUGCCGGAUAUUUUCCCCUAUCUCAGCGUCAUCGACGCCGCCAACAAGGUAUCGGCCACGCGCUCAACGACUAUCGACCACGUUUCUGCGCUGAGCAAAAAGGUCACGGAGGUAUGCGCGCUGCUGCCACAGUGGAGAGCGAUGAGAAUGCCGACGAUUCCGUCAUGAUCAUCGAAAAUGGCAUCAUGGAAAUGGACAUCGACGACGUUCAGCCGGCUCGUGCUAAAGGGAAGCGAGACCGUCGCGGGGAGCAGCCGGACAUGGCGGCCGCCCGGGAUGCGGAUAUGGAGGAGGCCGGUCCGUCGGGCAGUGGCGCCGCGGGGAAUGCCGGGCUGACAGCGGGAGGCGGCCGGGCCGGAAGUGGGCGUGCCGGAAGUGGGUGGGACGUCGGUAUCCAGACGGAGAAAUGGGAAGGGGAACGGGAAGGGGAAGGGGUGGGCGGGCACGACAAGGCCUGCCAGACGCGCCGCACCUGGGACGCGGAGAGCCAGACCUUCGCCAUUCUGGUGGAGGAGGGCAUGGAGUAGUCGACGGGUACACGCGCCAGGCCGCCAUAAUUCGGGACCGACCGAAAUUACCUGCAGCGCACUAAUAUUAAUCGGCUAUUUUUUGUCAUGGAAUUGUUUUCAUUAUGCGCUUAUCGUGUUUUAUCUUUGAUGCGCAUUAAUUGUUUUCCUAAUAAUUAACAUGUGUAUCUGUAUGUGGCUGAUAGUUUGGCCUGUAUCCGUUGUGUUAUUCAUGCAAGAAGUGCGCUUGUAUUUUCUUUAUUAGUUCUUUUUUGCAGAUAAUGCUUUAUCCAUUGGUCAAUUUAAAAAAAUUCACAGCUUGUUGAUUAUGUAAUUAAAGCUGAUUUC